UAAUAUUUGUAUUCCGCGCAAAGUGCAGGAAAGGUGUAGUUGGAAAGAACAGAUCUUACACGUGUCGCGUUCAUAUACCUCUUUCAAAGUAAUAUCAUUUCACAUUAUUUAUUCUCAAAAAAAAUUACUGCACAACACGUUCCACAAGUGUGAUGCUGUGUCAUAGCAAGGACAAGUAUUUAUAAAAGGAGAAUUUAUUGCCUUGUUUGACAUAUAUGUUGUGUUGACGUGUCCCGCGUGUAUUUUUUGAAACAAUUUUUGAUCUUUGUGCGAAGACACAGCUUCUCAUCGAUCGAUUCAUGGUGAUCGUGCUUUCAUUCUGAUUCAUCUCGUCGAAUUUAAGCUUUUCGAUAUGAUCUCUCUCGGAAAUCGCGAAGAGGCCCGACACUCUCGCGUAUUAAUGCCGGUGUUCCUGGGUGCCUGCGCAAUUCCGAUCUCGAUGCUCUUCUGGGUCGUAAACGUAGCUUACUCGAUACUUUGGCCAGACACCAGAAACUUCACGGAAGAACAUUCAGUUAUCUCACCUUGGAGAUGGCUAGCAGCAGUCUUUAUUCCAUUGUUGUUCUUGCUUUGGGGCUUGCGCAAAAAAAGCCUGCAUGUCAGUGGUGCAAUUCUUGGUCUCUUUGUGGGUUUUAUCUUGACACUCUCGAGCUUUGCUCACUUGUCAGCUCUUGCGACGUUUUUUGUCACUGGAUCAAAAGUGACAAAGUUUCGAUCAGAACAAAAAAAAAAGAUUGAAAUCGAUUUCAAGGAAGGUGGCCAACGGACCUGGAUACAAGUGCUAUGUAACAGUGGUAUGGCUACACAAUUGGCUUUAUUGUAUCUUUUGGAUGUCGGAAGCGGAGAAAGACCCAUCGAUUUUGACAAGGAAUAUCGAAGCUCAUGGUUGUCUAUUGGGAUAUUGGGAGCAUUUGCAUGUUGCAAUGGUGAUACGUGGGCUUCAGAGUUGGGUACAGUGAUUGGCACAGGUGAUCCUUUCCUCAUUAUCACAAGAAAAAAGGUGCCAAAAGGAACAAAUGGUGGUGUAUCAUGGAUAGGUCUAUUAUGUUCCAUCAUUGGCGGUUUAAUAGUUGGGCUUAUUUAUUAUAUUGUGAUAUUAAAUACUGUUGAUACGGCUGUGUUGCAACUAGCAGCACCACAGUGGCCUGUCAUAAUUGUCGCAGGAUUUGCAGGCUUUUUUGGCUCCAUUUUAGAUUCCGUCCUCGGCGCGACUUUACAAUAUUCAGGAAUGGAUGAAAAAGGUUUUAUAGUAGACCGGCCGGGAAAAGGUGUAAAGCAUAUUUGUGGUAAACAGCUCCUAGAUAAUCACAGUGUUAAUCUCCUUUCUAGUAUUGGUAUCGCUCUUGUUCUUCCGAGAAUAGCUAAUAUUUUCUGGCCAUAAAAUGUCAGAUUUAUCUAAAAACAUAUAAUAAUUUAAUAUUAAUUGUUUUAUUAUCGAAUUCAUUAUUUUUUGAUAUAGUUAAUUAUUCUUUGAUCUAUAUAAAAAAAAAAAAAUCCCGUACGGUUUUGUAUAUCUUGUAUAUUUUUCUAAGCUGUUUUACUCAGGGAUGAGUUACUUUAAGAAUUAAUCAAAAAAUCUUACUUAUAAAUAUAAAAUUAUAUUUAUUUCACCAAUUUUUAUAUUUAUAAAUAUGAAUUAAAAAUAAUGAUGAUAUUUGAACAUUGACUUCGCAAAUCAGUUAAUUAAUUAAUUGGGUUUUUAUUUAUUUAUUUUUUGUAUAAUAAAUAUUAAAUAACUAAUAUUUAUAAUCUUAUAUUAUUCUGCUAUUCUUUAUAAUAUUUUACGAUAUCAUUUAAUGAAACAUGGGUUGUAAAAAAAUACUUUACAAAAGGCUCACAUUUUUAUUAUAUAAUUUACAUGCAAUGUUCACGCGGCAUUAUUAUUCGCUGCAUCUAUAUUUCUCCGAUCGAAGAUACUAUUAGAACAAAUUUAUAGGAUUAUCUUAUGAAGAUGUUUUCUACAUCUAUAACAUGAUGUAUAUAAGAAUGAUACAAUAUGAUGUAUUAUUUUGAUAUUGUGAAAAUAACUGAAAAUAAAAUCAGUAUUUAUAUAUUUAUAUGUAAAAUAUGCAAGAUGUAUAUAUCACAUAAUAUACAAAGAAUAUAUCAUAUUUUCUUUAAUUAGAAUUUUUCUGACGAAAUUUUAAAUGAUUACUAUUGAACAAUAAUUUCAUUUUUAUAAUUUAGAAUUAAAAGCAUUUAAAUGGAAAGAAAUACACAAACUCACACAUAUAAUUUUGAUGUACUGUAAUAAAAUUUAUCUUUAAAUAACAAGUUUGAAAUUAAUUUAAUUAAAAUAUUAAAUCUCCUACACAAAUUCUUAAAGAUUAAUAGCUAAAUUUGCCUUCCAAUUAUUAUUCGAUUGAACAAUAUAGAGAAUUCUCAGGAUACAUUAUUAAAAUUUAAUAUGGAUAAAUAAUAUAAAUUAGUUGUUAUAUCCAAAAAUCAAAAUUUAAUAUUAUUGUUAUUAUAUAAUAUUUAAAUAUGUACUUAAUUUUUAUCUCAUUCAUAUAAAAUAAUAGAUGAAAACAUAGAAAAUUUUAUGUUGUAUAUUACAGAAUUUUAUAAUUUGAUCAGAUAACUCAAAUAUAUGCAUACCAUAUGUAUAAUUAUUAUAAGAAAAUUAUUUGGCUAGGUCUUCAUAGGUAUGAAUUAGUAAAUAAAAUAUCUCUUGUAUUGUUUCGCUGAUUAGAAUAUCUGUGAUCAGAAUAUAUAUAUAUAUAUAUAUCAGCCAUGAGAUAAUAAAAGAAGAUUGUAAGAAAUGUUUAUAUAAAAAUUGCAUAAUUUAAACAAAGUAGAUUGACUAAUUAUCUAUCUGUACUUGUCCCUAUAUCUUGUCUCACAAUAUAAUAUUUACAAAAUAUAUAUGUUAAAAAUGUCUAAAAAAAUCGAAAUCAAAAUCACAGCAACAUCUAACACAUGGGGAUUACGCUUCCAUGUUUGUUCCCGAAUCAAUUUGACACAUGAAUUGCUAAAAUACAAUCCAAAAAUUUUACACUUCAAAAAUCUAAAAAUUUAAGAUCCAAAAAUAUAUAUAUAAACCCAACCAAGAAUGUCUAGAUCUAAUGAGUAACCAUUUCGUCUAUUUAUCUCUAUCUAUUCAUGAAUCUAGAUAUACAGAGUAUCUCACAACCAUUGUACAAUACUUUAAUAGCGUAUUCUAAAAAUAAAAUAAAAUAAAACAUACUAUUAAAAAAUUUUAAGGCUAUAAUAGUUUUUGAGUUAUCAAAUUUUACCAAUGAUAUCGCGUAGAACUCGUGCGCUGAGAUCCGUCACUACAUAUACGUGCAUACCGAUCAGUUUUUUAAUGAUCUUAACGAUAUUAAAAUAUUGUAUGAAAAUUGCGAGACACCCUGUAUAUACGAAGAUUAAGAAUACACUUUUCAAAAGAAGAAAUUUAUACAGCUAUGAAUUGUUAAUAUAAUUUCUUACUAAAGAAAA